UAUUUGCUCUUGUUUGAUUAGACUCAAGUGAUAUGUAAUUAAAUAGGUUCAAGGCUGUGCGUAUAUCAGUGUAAAUAAUAUCAUCAUUGUUUAUUCUCAUUUAUUUGAAUUUGACGUUGACUAUUUAUUUUCGAAAUUUUUGUGUAAACCAAGUAUAAAUGAUACCGAUAAUUGCCAAAAUGAGACUGUACUUGUAAACUAUGUAUAUGCCUAUCGUACUUCCAUACUCAUAGAAAAAAGAUAAGCAAGUACGGUGCAUAUAAUCACUAGAGGGAAACAGAGUGCGUACAUACAUGCUAGUCAAUUGACGGAGUUGAAUAACAACCAGUUUGACUUACACAACAUUAUAAAAGUAUGUACAGGCCAUCUCGCUGUGUGGUAGCGUGCUUACGUUUUGGUAUGCCUCGUCUUAAACACAACGCAACGAAACGUCCCCCGGGAUGGACAACUUUCAAGAGCUACUUUAUGCUCCGGUUUACAGCGAGAAGACCUGCAAGUUUUUGGAGCAACAGUUUUCGAGGCUUCAAGGCGAAUGCUAUCUAGAUCAUGCAGGAGCUACCUUAUAUGCUGAUAAUCAAAUUAAAUUAUCAUUGAAUAAUCUGCUUUCCUCACUUUACACCAAUCCGCAUUCCAGUGGUCUCAAUGCAAAUCUUACAGAAGAAACCAUUGAUAACAUCAGAUAUCGGGUAUUGGAGCAUUUUCAUACAACUCAAGAUGAGUAUAGUAUUAUUUUUACCUCUGGCGCAACUGCCUCAUUAAAGCUUGUGGCUGAGACUUUCAAUUUUCAUAAUGGAUGUAAUGAAAAGAACGAUGGACAAUUUGUUCAUAUUCAGGAUAAUCAUACAUCUGUGCUAGGAAUGAGAGAUCUGGUUGUUCAAAAAGGAGCUAAAGUCACUGCAAUCAAUUAUGAUGAGACAUUCACAAUUCUCGAGUUAAAUUGCAAUGAGAACCAUUCUUUUCAAAAUGACAAGGCGAAUUCACUUUUCGUUUACUCAGCGCAGUGUAACUUUUCAGGAUUCAAAUAUCCAUUGAGCUGGAUAAAAAAUGUUAAGAAUGGGUGUUUAAAUUCUUAUGUUCAAAGUGAUAGCAAUUGGUUUGUCAUGCUGGAUGCAGCUUCUUUUGCGGCAACAAAUGAUCUUAAUCUUUCAGUGUUUAAACCAGAUUUUGUCUGUAUUUCAUUUUAUAAAAUGUUUGGAUAUCCUACUGGAUUGGGAGCUCUUUUAGUUAGAAACGAAAGUGCAGAAGUACUAAAAAAAGUUUAUUAUGGAGGAGGAACUGUCGAUGUUGUUCUAAGUUCCAAAAUGCAACAUGUGAAAAAAAAUUCAUUGCAUCAAAGGUUCGAAGAUGGAACAAUUUCAUUUUUAUCUAUAGCAUCUCUGCAACAUGGAUUAAAAAUUUUAUCAGAUAUAAGCAUGUCUCAAAUAUCUGCACAUGUAUUUUCGUUAGCCAGAUAUUUACACCAUUCUUUGUUGAGUUUGUAUCAUCAUAAUAGACAGCCACUCGUUAAAUUAUAUUGUGAUUCAGAUUAUGAAAAUAUAAAUUUACAAGGUGGAAUUAUUUCAUUUAACGUGUUCAGAGCCAAUGGAGAAUAUGUUGGUUACACAGAAGUUUUAAAUAUGGCAGCGUUAUAUAAGAUUCAUUUGCGUACUGGAUGUUUUUGUAAUCCUGGAGCCUGUCAAAGGCAUUUGCAGUUAUCAAAUGAUGAUAUUUUAAACAACUACAAUUCCGGCUAUACUUGUGGAGGUUCAACUGAUUUAAUUAAUGGCUAUCCAACGGGAGCUGUACGUGUCUCUUUUGGAUACAUGUCAACAGAAAAAGAUAUUCAAUCAUUAUUGCUGAUGCUCGUUAAAUGUUUCAUUAGUGGUCCAGAAAUCAUAAAAUAUCCAUUAUGGAGUUCUGACUUCAAAUUAAAGUUAAAGCUCAACUUAGAAAAUUUAAAAAGUGUAGUAAUUAGUGACGAUUAUAAAAUUAAUGAUACAGACUCAAAGAAUACCAAAAUUAAUAAAUUUAUAAAAAUUAGAAAUGAAACAGUAGAACUGAUGAAUAACAAUACUAUUGCAUCAAAUGUUUAUAAAAAAAAUCAAACCAGUUUUGAACUAUUCAAAGUAUUUCUCUAUCCUAUCAAAUCUUGCGGUUCGUAUGAAGUUAAAAACUCCUGGAAGUUGACGUCAAAAGGGUUGCAGUAUGAUAGAGAAUGGAUGAUAGUUACUUCUACCGGUGUUUGUUUAACGCAAAAACAAGAGACAAAACUGUGCAUGAUUAAACCUAUCAUAGAUUUAAAUCGAAAUGAAUUAGUCUUGCAUUAUCCAAAUAUGCCAUCAAUAUGUGUUCCAUUAAAUAUUGCAUCUUAUGAAAUUGUAAAUGGUAAACUUUGCAAGGGAAAGAUUUGCGGUCACAAGGUGGAAGGUAUUGAUUGUGGAUCUGAAGUUUCAGAAUGGUUAAGUUUAGCAUUAGGGAGACCUAAUCUCAGAUUAAUACGUCACAGUGAAUCUUCAGAAAAAAAGAAAAUAAAUAAGCCAGAAUUGUCAUUUGCUAGUCAGAGCCAAUAUCUCCUUAUAAAUUCAGCUAGUAUUUCAUGGCUUGCAAAUGAAAUACCUAAUGAUUUUGAUUGUAUCAAGGAUACAAUGUUACCCAGAUUUCGCGGUAAUUUUGUAAUUAAAGGCUGUGCUCCAUUUGAAGAAAUAAACUGGAAAUCUGUUAAAAUAGGAAACUGUACGUUCCAGGUUGAAGGGGUAUGUACAAGAUGUCAAAUGAUUUGCAUUGAUCAAACUACUGGAAUUAAAACUGUUGAACCAUUAAGAACUUUGGCGGAAAAAUUUCAUGGAAAACUAAGAUUUGGAAUUUAUUUAGUUAAGAGUGGCAUAGAAGAUGACUUAAAAAUUGGAGACAAAGUUUAUUGCAAUUAAAAUUGAAGUUAAAAAUGAAUCAGCUA